AUGGCUUCCAACAGUGAUCCUAAAAGCCAAGCCUUCUCCUCCAGAACACCUCAUUUCUUCAGAGUGCUUCUCACCGAUGCUACUCAGCAUGGCAAAAUGAAAAUUCCUGCAAAAUUUGUGAGGAAAUAUGGAAGUGGGAUCUCAACCCCAGUAUUUCUUAAGGUCCCGAGUGGAACUCUCUGGGAAGUAGAAUUAACCAAGUCUGGUUCUGAGCUUUAUCUGCUAAAAGGAUACGAAGGGCAUCCCCUUUUCAAUGUUAUCAUAUUCGAUAAAGGUGCUUCAGAGAUUGAAUACAUUCAUGCUGAAAAUCACACUUUGAAUGAACAAUGUCGAAGGACUGCAGUGAAACAACAAGAAGAAAGAUGA